GAAGGAUACACAGUCAAGCCUCCUUCAGUCCGCGGCCGAUAUACUCGCCGCUAACCCAUCAGUGCAACUCCAUCUAACGGACGAGCUCGCUCCGCGUCUGCCGCCGCUCACCGACAAGCACACCGCCCGUCCGACAUGGCUGACCAGCUAACAGAGGAACAAAUUGCAGAGUUCAAGGAGGCUUUCUCCUUAUUCGACAAGGAUGGCGACGGCACCAUCACCACCAAAGAACUUGGCACCGUCAUGAGGUCGCUGGGACAGAACCCCACAGAGGCUGAGCUGCAAGAUAUGAUCAACGAGGUUGACGCUGACGGUAAUGGAACCAUCGACUUCCCCGAGUUUCUGACCAUGAUGGCGAGGAAAAUGAAGGACACAGACAGCGAGGAGGAGAUCCGCGAGGCAUUCCGGGUAUUUGACAAGGACGGGAACGGCUACAUCAGCGCCGCCGAGCUGCGUCACGUCAUGACGAACUUGGGCGAGAAACUAACAGACGAGGAGGUGGACGAGAUGAUCAGAGAAGCAGAUAUCGACGGAGACGGACAGGUCAACUAUGAAGAGUUUGUACAGAUGAUGACUGCAAAGUGAAGCUGGCUCGCCCCGUCCUGUCCCCUCUUAGAAGAAAGAAAGAAAAGAAAAAAAAAAAAAAUCCAAAUGUUUUACUUACCUCUUGGAAAAGAAAAAAAAUGUUCAUUUAUUCAUACUGUUUCUGUAUAGAAAAUAUUGAAUGUUGAAAUGAAAUAUCCUUCUGUCCACACAGGAAAAUAUGAAAAAUCCAGAAAAAUAUCUGCAUGAUAACAAUGGUUAGUGACCCCGUCCCCUCGCCCGGAGCGCAGUUUAGCAUCAGUACUUAACAACAGCGUAAUAACGACAACAAACCCUGUAACUACUACCUUCAGCGGAAGCAUUUGGCGGACUUCCUCCAGUUCCAUUUGCUCGUGGUCAAUGUCUGGGACGGCCAUCUCUUCUUUCUCUCUGUUUUCUGUUCUUCAUGCAUGCAGCUUGAGACUGGAGCACUAACCCCCUCCCCUCCCUCCGUCCCACCCCUCCGGGCAACCAGAGCGUGCUGAUUCCACUAUAAGCUGUCCUCUUGUUGGUUUGGUACAGUUUUUUUUUUUUUUUUUUUUUUUUUUUUUUUUUUUUGUAUUUGGAGAAGGAACCCUGUGCUGUUAGGAUGAGGGGAGAUGAUACCAGGUUCUGACUCAAGUGGAAUGGGACUUAAUUGUAUGCUAGAUAAAGAGGAAAAACUAUGUACAAAAAAAAGACAUUUUCAGAUGUUUGGCAUGUUCUUCUGUUCUGUUAUGUUCGGACGGUCAUCUUAGUUGUGCCCUUUUUUUAAGGAGGGGACUUUAAAGAGUCUUACGGUGAGCUUUUUUCUUUUUUUUUUUCUUUCUUUUCGCUGAGAUGGAGUCUGUCCUCUUUUCUUGCAAGAGGGAACCACUGGCCUUCACAUUUGUUUUUCUUCUGUUUCUUGACUCGGACUUGGGCAGUGUGGGGAAGUACUCGUACUAGUGUGUCGUUGCUCUCGCUCCUCUGCUCGGUGGAGUUCAGUUUACAUUCAUUCCAAGUUGUACAUGCUAGUUUUCUUUUCUUUUUUUUUUUUUUUUUUUUUCAAAUAAAAGACCAUGAACUUUA